CUCUGUUGUUUUCCUUUGUGAAAUAACCUUACACUUUUCACGAAAUAUUUUCCAAAAAUCAAAAGCAGCCCUUAAAAUGAUUUUGUGCGUAAUUUAUGGCAUAUCAAUAGAUUAACAGAAGGGCUUAUACCUAGUUAAUAAUCCGGUAUAUAUAUAAGUAUUGUGCGCACUUUGUGUUUACUCAAAAAUGGGCACUUUCCACAUUCAACAGGAGGGCCCCGUGAACGCCCUAGCCUUAAAUCGUGACAACACUCAGGUGGCAAUAGGAGGCAGAAACGUGUUUAAGGUGUAUGCAAUCGAAGAAAACAAGUUUAGAGAAGUGUGCAACUUGAGGGCCACCAAGCACUUGAAUCUGGGUUUUUCUUGCAACGAUGUCGCGUGGAGCCCGCUGGAUGAUCAAUAUUUGGCCACCGCGGCGACGAACGGUCACGUUUGCGUGUGGAACCUGACGAAAAUGGGGCGCGCGAUGCAAGAACAAGACUAUCAGGAUCACAAGAGGACGGUCAACAAAGUAAAUUUUCACACGUCCGACGCGUACAAGUUGAUAUCGGGCUCGCAGGAUGGAACCAUGAGAUACUUUGAUAUCAGACUCAACGAGGCUGUGUCCAUAUUUUAUAGCAAUACGGAGAGUGUGAGGGAUGUACAGUUCAGUCCGCACAACCCGUACACGUUUGCGGCAGUCUCCGACAACGGCAGCGUCCAAAUUUGGGACAUAAGAAAGCCCGACCGUCUCCAGCAGCAGUACACGGCGCACAGCGGUCCCGUGUUCGCCUGUGACUGGCAUCCGGAGUCGUCCUGGCUCGCCACAGCUAGCAGGGACAAGACGAUCAAAGUGUGGGACUUGCAGACCAGCAAACCGACUUUAGAAUACACGAUUCAUACUAUUGCGGCUAUAGGUCACGUGAAAUGGCGACCGCAGAGGAAAUAUCACAUUGCCAGUUGUGCCUUGGUGAUUGACUGUAGCAUUAAUAUCUGGGACGUGAGGCGGCCGUACAUUCCCUUCGCGUCGUUCAAUGAGCACAGGGAUAUUGCCAGUGGGGUUGCUUGGAAGGGAGACCCGCAUGUUUUUCUCAGCAGCGGCCGAGAUUGCACCCUGUACCAACAUUUGUUUAACGAUGCUAGUCGACCAGCGAGUAAAGCCAAUCCUCAUGGAAUAUCCUUUAAUAAAGAGGGCGAAAUACUGUUCGCCCAAAAAGUUCAAACUAACAAUUUUGCUAGCACUCCCAGCACAAACGCUCUAACCAAAGCGACAAAUUUGAUGAGAAAAAUCUCCACCACACAAUCCUUUGACACGUUCCAUCAAGCUUCAAGCACUUUACAGCAGUUCAUGGCUUCCAAUCAUCACGAUCAUCUUUCUGAAAGUGAAUUGUUUGUCAAACUGGCGAAAAAUUAUAUUUUGACUGGAAGGAGCGUGUCCGAAAUGUGCGAACACAAUGCUGCCGUGGCCAGAGAAUACGGCAAAUCUUAUAUGUCUGUGAUAUGGAAGAUAAUAAAAACUAUUUAUGGCGAGGAAUUCAUGCAGAAUUCGGUCAACUUCGAAAAGUACGACGGCUUCGAUACGUUCGACGGCAAAAAGGAGGACGAAAACGAAUCGCCGGAGGAGAACGACAAACCCGACUCACCUGUUAUGGAAUUGGAUGAAGAAAUCGUCGAGACUGAUCAGGCAUCUCUAGGUGGUGACACGCCUAUGGCGCAGUUCAGCGGCGGAGACGAAAGCGGGGAGACCGAAAACGAGGAUCAGGUCGACCACGCCGGCGUCUACAGCAACGGUUUCCCGAACUAUCUCAAUUACCGAUCCGGUUUGCCCAAAGGGGACUUCUCCUUUGGGGAGAACGAGCUCGAUAUGGAGAUAGAUGGGAUCAGCACAGGUUCGUUUUCAGAGUACCAGAACGGAUUCAAAAGCUACAACCAAAUUACGCCACAGGAACUGAAGGAUGCGGAUUACUGUGCAUUUCCUAGCGAGGCUUUUCCUUUAAGGCACGAGAUAAUGGACAGAUCUCCACCGCCCGAACAAUUUCCAAACAGACUGUCUCCGGAACUACCGGAAGAACCACUUCCUGCUAUUAUAGAAGAGCCUCAACCUUUACACAUGUUGAGGGUGAAAAAACCAAAGAAGAAAUCUGCCUGGGAUCCAUCCCAACUAGUAAUAGACGCCUUGAAAUAUCAUGCGGACAUGGGCGACGUUCAAUCUGCAGCUUGUAUCUUAAUUGUGAUCGGCGAUAACAGAAAAUACUUGGAGAAACUGGACGAAUACACUCAAGAGUUUUGGUUGUUAAGCUACAUAGAACAUUUGAAUAGGUACAAACUAUGGAAUGAGGCUGCACAAGUGAUCAAACUCUCCUGGUUACCAUCAGUUUUCUCGCUCAAUCAGCAAAGCACAAGGAUUAACACCAAUUGUAAUAAAUGUUCGAAACCGUUACAACGAACUGGUUGGCUAUGCGACAGGUGUCACUCGUCUGAAUCCUCCUUGUGCAGCAUCUGCCAUCAAGUCGUUAAAGGACUUUACGCUUGGUGUCAGGGCUGUUCACACGGCGGUCACGUUGCCCACAUAAAACAGUGGUUUUCAAUGAAUAUAAAAUGUCCCACUGGGUGUGGGCAUUCUUGCGAGUUUGGUUGAAAUUAUAAUUUAUUAUGGAGGAUCUUGUGUAUAUAUGACUGAACGCGUUUUCAACUGAAACGUAAAAAUUUUUAUAAAUAUAUAUUAUUUAACGAUUAAUAAAAACAAAAAAAUUAA